UCCAUUUAACCGUAACGCGUAUCCCAGGGUCGCGGGUGUGCGGGAGCCCAAGAGUAAAUACUGUUUUAUUACAUACAUUGAAUGAUCUAAAACACAACAUUCAGGUAAAUUCUAUCAUUUAACAUUUGUGUUUACAUGUAUGUUGGAUUAGCAUGUCUGUUGUCAGCACGUUUCCUACUAUUUUCUUCAGAUUAUUUUCCAGGACUUUUUCAUCGAUUACAUGCCUCAUUUUGAGAACGACGUGUGGCUGUGGCCGGCAUCUCUUGCAGCUCCUGGUGACAUCCUGGAAGCACCCGGAGAACCGCGGAUAUCAACGCGGCGAGGAUGCUUCGUCACCGGCGGCAAGUGUGAAGAGAUGGCGGGGGAACCGCCGGCGGGCACCGGCCGAGUGGUUCUUGUCAAGAAGAUCAUCAUGAAGGACGGAGCCGCGCUUCAACAGGGUAUAGGCCGACCCAGCGUGUACCAUGCCGUCGUGGUCAUCUUCCUGGAGUUCUUCGCCUGGGGUUUGCUGACCACACCCAUGCUCACGGUGUUACAUGAAACGUUUCCACAGCACACGUUCCUGAUGAAUGGACUCAUUCAAGGAGUGAAGGGUCUUUUGUCGUUCAUGUCUGCCCCUCUGAUCGGUGCGUUGUCGGACGUGUGGGGGAGGCGCUCAUUCCUUUUGGUCACCGUCUUCUUCACCUGCGCCCCGAUCCCCCUCAUGAGACUCAGCCCCUGGUGGUACUUCGCCAUGAUCUCCAUGUCAGGAGCGUUCUCGGUCACCUUCUCUGUCAUCUUUGCCUACGUCGCAGAUGUGACCGAUGAAAGGGAGAGGAGUACGGCUUACGGUCUGGUGUCCGCCACGUUCGCCGCGAGCCUGGUGACCAGCCCGGCCAUCGGGGCCUAUUUGUCCGCAUGGUACGGAGACAACCUGGUGGUUCUGGUGGCGACGCUGAUCGCCCUGGUCGACAUCUGCUUCAUCCUGCUCGCCGUGCCCGAGUCUCUGCCGGACAAGAUGAGGCUCAACACCUGGGGGGCGCCCAUAUCCUGGGAGCAAGCCGAUCCCUUCGCUUCUCUGAGGAAGGUGGGUCAGGACCCCACGGUCCUACUCAUUUGUAUCACAGUGUUCCUGUCAUACUUACCCGAGGCGGGGCAGUACUCCAGCUUCUUCCUCUACCUGCGACAGGUCGUCAAUUUCUCCUCGACAACGAUUGCUGUUUUUAUCGGAGUUGUGGGAAUCCUGUCCAUUGUGGCACAGACGCUUGUCCUCACACUGCUGAUGCGGACUCUGGGUAAUAAAAACACUGUUCUCUUGGGUCUGGGCUUCCAGAUUCUUCAACUGGCCUGGUAUGGCCUUGGAUCAGAGCCUUGGAUGAUGUGGGCAGCCGGCGCCGUGGCCGCCAUGUCCUCCAUAACCUUCCCCGCGGUCUCCGCUCUGGUGUCGCAGUCUGCCGAUCCCGAUAAACAAGGUGUGGCUCAGGGAAUGAUCACGGGGAUCCGAGGUCUGUGCAACGGUUUAGGUCCAGCGCUGUAUGGAUUCAUCUUCUUCCUCUUCAAUGUGGAGCUGAACACCAUGGACCCCAUCCAGGGAGACUUUGACCCCUUGCCCCUUCACAGUCCCACUGAGCAAACGCUCAUCCCCGGCCCACCUUUCCUUUUGGGGGCAUGUACGGUUGUCGUCGCCUUCCUGGUGGCUCUCUUCAUCCCGGAGAAGCCCCCCUCCGCCUCGUCGUCACCUCAGCUGCCGCUGAGCGACAAGCCGCGGCCAGCGAGCGACGAGUCGCUUUCCUCGCUGGCGGGCAUCCAUAUUAACACGCCUCUCCCGGGCAGCGACGAAGAAACUCCCGCCGCCGCCACCAGCGAUGAAGAUUUUGAGCCCCUGCUGCAGGACAGUAUUGUUUGACGGACCAGCGCAAAGAACCACCGCGUGCGGGAUUCAACGUUGUCCUUCGGUCCAUUGGCAUUUUGUUCAAAAGAAGAGCGCCUUUCCAUUGCUGUCGGGUGAGUCCAAAUUUACAGUACCUCAUAUUGUCUGACGUUUGACAGUAAAAGGCGCGUUGAUGCUUCGCCACGCCGCUCGCUGAGCGGCAGAGCCAGCGGUUGCUUUCGCCGAGCGGCGGGUGCAAAAGUGCUGCGCACAUGCGAAGAUGGCGUUUCGCCGAAAUCGAGUGUUUGGUUGAGAAAAUGAGGUUGUGACCGAAAGGGACCGCGCUGAUAAAGGACACCAGCAUUUGAUUCCAUUGAAAGGGGAAACGGCGAUAUUUUCGUCGCGUUUCUGGUGAUUUUGUAGAGUGGGAUGAUUGCUGCUUAUCUUUAUGCUUAUAGUAGAUUUUUUUUGGGGGGGGGGGGGGGCGAAUUAUCAUAUUCAGCUGUAUCUUUUUAAAGCUGAAUUAUACAGAUGCUAGUCUUUUUAUUUUUUAUUUUUGGAAUGGGAACUGUACGUCUGCAACAUAUUUAAAGCUGCUAAAGUUUCAGUGUUGAUUUGUAAAUUUCUACUCGGUGAGGGAAAAACAAGAUACGAGAAGCUAUAAUAGACCGGAAGCCAAAUCAUAAAACCUUGCAUUUUCCAUUCCAUCAAUCCAUCCUUUCAUCUUGUUCAUUUCUUCCCGGAUUCCCCGCCAUCUCCUCCCCGGUCGUCCUUCCAUGGAACACGUACAGGAGGCGUCCCGACGGGAUGUCUCACAUUCUUUUUAAUCGAGCAUACGGGACGUGUCUUGAGGAUAGAAAAUAUUGAAAAGGGAACUAAAGUUUCAUUUGGGAAAUCGCAGAGCGUCUGCUUGUCAUUGGAGUUCGUUUCCAUGUUGGGGACACUACCUCAGACCACACUCAACGUGUUUACUCAUUACUUAUUUGAUCUGUUUUAGAAUUUAUUUAAAAAUCAAUGUCUGAAAGUACUUUUGAGUAUUUGAAAAGGACCGUGACAUUAUUUUUGCAUACAUUCUGGUGCUAGUUCAACAUAAGAUGACAUAUUCUGAAGGGGAGACUCCGACUCGUGCGAUAUAUGACCACCUUGGUACAAAUAUGUAUUCUCAACAUCGCACCAAUUUCGGCAUCAUCGCUGAAUGCGCUCCCACUUUUUCCUUUUUACUCAACCACACACAGACGCAACCAUAAAUUUGUUUUGCACAGAAGCAAUGUCUUUGUCACUUUGCGACUGAGUGUGUCUUUACGAUGCAAGGUCGGUAUCAUGUUUGCACUUGAUGAAAACUAGAGAAAAGACUGACCGAGGAAUGUCCACAAGUUUAACUGUAGAUAAGAGGCACAGUGUACGGAAGUGUUUGCUUUAUGACUGAAAAGUGUAACUGAACACGCGAACGUUUGGGUCCUUGAAAUUAUUUGGUGUCCUCACUGACACAAUAUGAACGGGGACUAAACUCUGGCACACUGAGAGAUGAACGAUAUUAUCGGAAAUCCAUCAUUUGAAGAUAGGAUUUUUAGUUGAGAAACUAAUCCUUGAGCAGGGAGGGGCUGGGGUGGGGGGGGGGGGCGUUUCCCGGAACUCAUUGAGUCAAUACUCAACUGGCUCAUACGAAAAUAGUCAUGUUUUCACCAUCAACGUUUUUGUGGACUCUUUGCUUUGAAAGACGCUAACUUUACAAUUGGAAUAAACUGCCGCCGAGACAACAAUAUUUCAGCAUAUCAUACAUACAGUGUGGCAUCCAAAAAUAGACAACUGUUAAUUGUGGGGGGGCGGG